GGCGGAGUUAAAAGGGGGGCGAUGGUGUUUUGGCUCCGCUCUCGGCUAACAACGUCAUGUUACGCUCGAAGGCCGAGCAAUCGAAAUUUAUACUGGACCUGAAGACAAGAGGCGAACACUUCCUCCCUUAUAUAUCCUACUCAUAUAUACCUCCAAGAACACAAUCUCUACGGUGCGGAUCCUGCUCUUCGACCACUCUCUGCGAGCUCAAUCAUCGUAGCCGGGUUCUCCGCUAGGCCUACCUCUCCAGUAUGCGCUCCUCCAUCUCAUCCCGGAGUCAACAGCUCUACCGCGCCUGCAGACCCUCUUGCACCGCUCGAAGUCUCCUCCCCAGCGCCUCCAAAGCCACGUCCUCCUUUGCUCCAACCUUCCAGACCACCCCUUCUCCAAGAUGGACAUCUCCCAGCUCACCAUCACCAUCACGAUCACCAUCGCGGACCUACUCUUCCUCCGCUCCUAACCCCGCCCCCGCGCCUCCUCAAACACACUACGAAUUCUUCCCCAAGACGCUCUCCGCCGGGCCACCUCCCUCGGGCACCUUCCGCAUCGACGUGCGGAAGCUGCGCCAGGAGUUCCUCCAGCUGCAGGCCGUGGCGCACCCCGACCGACACCCGGCAGAGUUGAAGACGCGGGCCGAGGCAACGUCGGCGCGCAUCAACGAGGCGUACAAGACGCUGCAGGAUCCGCUGCUGCGGGCGCAGUACCUGCUGCGGCUGCGCGGCGUCGACGUGGCCGAGGACGAGACGGCCAAGGUCGACGAUCCGGAGCUGUUGAUGGAGGUGCUGGACACGCGAGAGGAGAUCGAGAAUGCGCAGGAGGAGGAGGAAUUGGUGGAGUUGAAGAGGGUCAACGAGGAGAGGAUUGCAGCAAGUGAGGAGGUGCUGGAGAAGGCGUUUAAGGAGGAUGAUAUUGAGACGGCGCGGAGAGAGGCGGUUAAGCUGAGGUAUUGGGUUAAUAUCAAGGAGAGCUUGGAUAGUUGGGAGAAGGGGAAGCCGGUUGUUCUUGUUCAUUAGGGUGUUGGAUAGACGGCGAUGUGUAUAAUAUGCAUGGUUCACGGUGUUGAGGUUCAAACGAUUCUGGGCCGUUGGGAAGCUAGACUAUGGUCAUAUUUUCGCAACUUAUUCUAUACCCGUAUAGAUAUUACUCGAUGUAAGAGCCUCUUUUAGACGGAAGAGAAAUAACAACUCUAGAAAAUCGACGCGCCCUGGGGUAUUCUCUUCUGCAAACCGAACUCCUAACCCCCCUCAUAGCCAUGAUCCAAGUUCAUAUCACCGAAGUCUAUGGAUUCG